AUGAAUCUCGGACAUCAAAGUCUGAAGCCUUACGGACCCUUGGUGCGAACUGGACCCGGGUAUGUUGUCACCCACGAUCCAGAAGUGGUUCGCAAAGUGAUGGGCGCUCGAAGCACUUACGGGAAGCAUCCUUGGUGGAAGGGUGCGAGAUCACAUCCGACGGAAGAUUCGAUCCUUAGCACGCUUGACAUUAAGAAGCACGACGACAUAAAGGCAAAGACAUCAAACGGAUACAACGGUCGAGACAAGAUUAACGUGAACGACAAGGUUGACGAACAGGUUGAGCGAUUGGUGAAACUCAUACGCCGACGGUUCCUUUCAACCCCAGAAACUCAUAGAGUGGCAGAUUUCACAGACUUGAUGCGUUACUUCACACUGGAUGUUACAACACACCUUUCGUACGGGAAACACUUCGGAUUCCUAGACAACGGUGAAGACCUUUACGCCUUCAGUAAGACCAUGGACACUUACGUCAUGGCAAUGACCCUUGGAGUGGACGUUCCGUUCUUCAGAAAUCUAAUGCAUUCGAAGCUCAUUUCCUUCUUCUUGCCAAAGGACACUGACAAGUCAGGUGCUGGAAAGAUUAUGGGGUUUGUGAGACCACUGGUCUUGUUGCCAGAUGCCGACAAGUUCUUCUUUUGGAAGCUAGAGCUAAUCAUUGGUAGUAUUGCACAAGAAAUCGUUCAGAAAAGAUUCGAAAAAGACCAGAAAGAUGAAGUCGAUAUGUUGGGUUCCUUCAUGCGACACGGCCUGACACAAGCUCAGUGCGAGGCGGAGACCUUCGUCCAAAUUGCAGCAGGUAGCGAUACUACAGGAAGCCUUCUGGCUACAACAAUGUUGUACAUCAUUUCAACACCCCGGGUAUACCACCGUCUCAAGGACGAGAUCAGAGCUGCUGUCAAUGGAAAUAUUGUUUCUCAUCCUAUUACACAAGAACAGGCCAAGAAGUUGCCAUACUUGCAGGCUGUCAUCUUAGAAGGCUUCCGCAUGCGACCACCUGUGCCGUAUGGCGCUUUCAUGUCGAUACCUCCACAGGGAGACACAAUUCACGGCAUGUAUCUACCUGGCGGAACUGGAGUUGGUUUCAACAUUGUAGCCAUGAUGCACUCGACCGAGACAUUUGGAAUGGAUGUUGAGCUCUUCAGGCCUGAAAGGUUCCUAGAAUGUGGCGAAGAGAAACGACGUGACAUGUUGAAGAUGGUCGAUAUGGCAUUUGGCACCGGCAGACUUUUGUGUGCCGGCAAGCAGGUUGCGCUUUUGGAGCUAAACAAAAUCUUUUUUGAGGUCUGA